AUGUUUAUCAAAAGUAUUUAUAUUUUUAUUUUCAUCCUUUCUUUCGUAUUUAUUCAAGACGCCUAUGGGAGACGCCCCAACAAGAUAUCAGGUGGCACAAGAACUUCUAUACAAGAACAUCCAUCAAUAGUCUCAAUUCGGUUUUACGGUCAACAUAUCUGCGGAGGAGUUUUCAUAACAACCAGACACAUAUUAACUGCAGGCCACUGUCUGUCUGAUGAUGAUGAGUCCAGACAAGGCAUAGUACGCUAUCCGAAGUCUCUAAUAACGGUGGCGUCAGGAACUAACAACUGUUACCAUCCGGCAAACGUUCAUAAAAUAAAGAGCUUUACAAUUCAUCCGCAGUACCGAGGGUCCAUCAGCAAUUAUGUCAACGAUAUUGCUAUUAUUGAGUUGGAAGACACCAUAAAGCCUAAUGAAUCUCGACAAAUCGCAAAGCUUCCUCGUGAAGACACAUCACCAAAUGUUGACGCCACUGUUGUUGGAUGGGGGACAUCCUACGAGGGAGAAAAAAUAUUGUCGGAGUUGUUGAAGAAAGCUGACGUUCUCACCAUUGACAAUCAUGAGUGUCAAAGCGAGACACGAAAUUUGGUUUAUGCGGGACAACUUUGUGCGACACAACCUUGGGGUAUAGGUUUUUGCGAUGGUGACAGCGGCGGCCCCUUGUACAGUAGAAGUGGAGAAUGCUUGGGUAUCGUAUCAAUGUCCAUCGACUGCGGGAAAGGAAUACCAGAUAUCUACACUCGCGUUUUCCACUACCUUCAGUGGAUCAAAGCCACCAUUAAAUAGUCUUCUCAUGCCAAUUAAUAAAAUUGAGAUGAAAUAUAUAUGAAGCCAAUUUAUUCGUAAUGUGAU